GCCUGCUGACAUCAUGCUGGCGUCAGCUCCUCCAUUAGACAUGGAAGAUGAGGCCACACUUCCCACGCGAGACUCUCUCACCCCUGCAGUGACUGUGAGGGAGGGAGAGACCAUCUACGACUUUGCUUGGUUCCCUGCCAUGUCAGCAGCUGAUCCCGUGUCAUGCGUGUUCGCGUCAACAUCAAGGGACCACCCGGUGCACCUGUGGGACGCCAUGACUGGCCAGCUGCGCUGCACGUACCGUGCGUACGACCACAUGGACGAGAUCGCUGCUGCUCUUUCACUCACCUUCUCUGCCCAUGGGGAUAAGUGAGUGGUGAGUGAGUGAGGGAGUGAGUGAGGAUGUGAGAGCGUUGAAGAGUGAGAGCAGACGGCCACACGGAUGUUAUCGCUACAGGUCUCACGCUGACCUUCUCGUUCAUGGAGACGAGUGGUGAUGGAGUGUG